CAAAAAAAACCUUCGGAUUUGGAAAGGUUAGAAAAAGUUGUUGACAUUUUGUCAGUCACAAUUGAUAAAUUUAAAUAAGUUUAUUAUCACGAUAUUACCAAUAAUUGACUUAUAAUAAUUUACCUUUACAGAUUUUUAAUUGGAAAUUGUUGGUGAAAGAUAAUUUUUAAAAAAUGGCACACUACAAAGGAGCAGCCAGUGAAGCUGGAAGAGCAAUGCAGCUGAUGAAGAAACGUGAGAUAGCUCAACAAGAGAUUGAAUUACGCAAGAAAAAAAUAGAAGAUGAUUUAAAAAUUCAUAACAUUGAAAAUAAAUUUGCUACUCACUACAAUGCUGUUGAGCAGCAGCUCAAAACAUCAACAAUUGGUUUGGUUACACUCAAUGAGAUGAAAGCUAAGCAGGAAAAUAUUGUACGUGAGCGUGAAAGAAAAUUAGCGCAAAAAGAACGCGAGAAAGAACAAGAAAAAGAACGAGCUUUGGCUGCUAAACAAGCGGAAAAAAAUAAACAGAAACGACAGAUACAGGCGCUGUCAUUUAAUUUGGAGGAGGAUGAAGAUGAAGCCCAAGUGUCUGAUGUUGAUGAUGAUCGCAAUGACUCUGAUGUUAAGACGGUUGAGAAGUCAGAUGAUGAUUCUAAAGAUUCUUUUCAGCCUGUCAAGAAGAUCAAAAAGAAUCCAGAUGUUGAUACGAGUUUUUUGCCAGAUAGAGAAAGAGAAGAAGAGGAAAAUCGGUUACGAGAAGAACUAAGACAGGAAUGGGCUAUGAAACAAAAUGCUUUGAAAGAAGAGGAGAUUGAAAUUACUUUCAGUUAUUGGGAUGGAUCCGGACAUCGGAGAAGUGUUAUCAUGAAAAAAGGGAAUUCAAUAUAUCAAUUAUUACAACGUUGUCUGGAGGUAUUGAGACGUGAGUUCAGCGAAUUAAAAACUGUAAUGGCAGAUCAAUUGAUGUAUGUUAAAGAAGAUUUGAUUCUUCCUCAUCAUUACACGUUUUAUGAUUUUAUUGUUACGAAGGCACGAGGAAAAAGUGGACCUUUAUUCACAUUUGAUGUCCAUGAUGACAUUCGUAUGCUGCAUGAUGCAUCUGUGGAAACAGAAGAGUCACACGCUGGAAAAGUUUUAUUGAGAUCUUGGUACGAAAGAAAUAAACAUAUUUUCCCAGCAAGCAGAUGGGAACCGUUUGACCCGACAAAGAGUUAUGACAAGUACACGAUCUCUGAUAAAAAUAAAAAGAAAGAUAAAUUAUAAUUUAUCUUGAAGAUUUUAAGAUUUACAUUUUUAUUUUGUACAUAAAAUUUGAGUGAGUAUUUGAUAUUUUCUUCUGGUUCAAUAGUUGUAAGAAUUUAUUAGAUUGAUAAUGAAAUUAUUCAUUUUCAUGCAAUACUUCUUAUGUGAAAGACUUCUUAGCCAAUAGAAAUUUAUGUGAAGUUUUUUUUUUGCAAUUCACUAUGGACUAGAAUAAAAUAAAAAAAAAUUUAACAGUUAAGG